AUCCUCACCAUGGAGCUCAACAAAGUUCAGUCUGAAGGAGGGCUCAACGUCACCCUGACAAUCAGGCUCCUCAUGCAUGGCAAGGAGGUUGGCAGCAUUAUUGGAAAGAAAGGGGAAACUGUGAAGAAGAUGCGUGAGGAAAGUAGCGCACGCAUAAAUAUUUCAGAGGGAAACUGUCCUGAGAGAAUAGUUACCAUCACAGGACCCACAGAUGCCAUAUUCAAGGCCUUCGCCAUGAUCGCAUACAAGUUUGAAGAAGAUAUCAUUAACUCUAUGAGCAAUAGCCAGGCUACAAGUAAGCCUCCAGUGACCUUGCGUUUGGUGGUGCCCGCCAGUCAGUGCGGCUCUUUAAUUGGAAAGGGUGGCUCCAAGAUCAAAGAGAUGAGGGAGUCAACAGGGGCUCAGGUACAAGUGGCUGGAGAUAUGCUCCCCAACUCCACUGAGCGGGCGGUCACUAUCUCAGGUACCCCAGAGGCCAUUAUCCAGUGUGUGAAGCAGAUCUGUGUGGUCAUGUUGGAGUCCCCACCCAAAGGUGCUACAAUUCCAUACAGGCCAAAGCCAGCCACUGCACCCGUCAUUUUCUCUGGGGGGCAGGUAAGAGCAGACGCCCUGACUGCACCAGCCACAGCUAACCUCAGCCUGUUACUGCAGCAUCAGCCUCUUCCAGCCUACACCAUUCAGGGACAGUAUGCAAUCCCACACCCAGACGUGAGUGUACUGAUCCUCCUCCCUCCCCCGCAGUUGACAAAGCUCCAUCAGCUGGCUAUGCAGCAAACCCCCUUUACCUCCCUCGGACAGACCACCCCCGCUUUCCCUGGUGUGGAUGCCAGUUCACAGGCCAGUACUCAUGAACUCACCAUUCCAAAUGAUCUAAUAGGCUGUAUAAUUGGACGUCAGGGCACCAAAAUUAAUGAAAUCCGUCAGAUGUCUGGGGCUCAGAUCAAAAUUGCUAAUGCCAUGGAGGGGUCAUCAGACCGCCAGAUCACCAUUACUGGAACACCUGCCAACAUCAGCCUGGCACAGUAUCUUAUAAAUGCCAGGUUCAGAGAUGUGGCAGCCAUGUGGACGGACCCUUCAACCAUGACCACCUCCUGAAGUCACAUGCUCUAUUUAUCGAAGAUGUUCUGCUCUCUCUUUGAACUCUAUUUGGGCUUCAUUAAUUCUCUUAAAACCUGGAAUAUAUUCUGAAGUUUGUUUCUCAGGAUUACUGAAUCGCAUUUAGUCAAAUUAAAUCUGAUUAAAAUCAUUCAUUUCAUCAAAAAACAGCAAACAAAACAAACAAAUCUCUGUGCAUUUAUUGUAUUUAUUGUCUGCAUUGAAAGUAUUCUAAUAAGCAUUAUUUAGGCAGUUUUGGAAUCGUGUCUGUGUUCAACAAUAUAAUGCAUCGUCUUCUUAAUUAAAUAUAGUUUAGAGUUAUAGCACAGAAACUUAGCAUGCUGAAUGUCUAGCGGUUAUUACUCUUAUUUAUUUAAAACUAAUUGUUUUAUUCAUAUUAUACAGUAUAUUCAAAUGUAUUUAAGUUAUCAUACAUGUAAUGUGAGCAAUAAAUUGUGUGAAAAUAUGCUUCAUUUUAAAUUUCUAAGUGGCAAAACAGGCAGUCAUAAAUGUUGUGAUUUUGAGAAAACAAAAUUUUAAAUACACUGUAAAAAGCAAUUAGUUGACAAUAAAAGGUAAGUUAAGUCAACUUAAUAGUUUCUCAUAUUUUUAAUUAAAGUCAAUUGGUCACUUUAAAGGCAGCGGUGUUGAUCACUUUCAUUAAAGUAACUAAUCGCUUUUUAUAGGAAACAAAAUUAUGUUUUAGGUUUGAAGGUGACAUUUAUUCUUGAUUUAUACUUUAUAACACAGUUUGUUUCAUACAGCGCAUGAUAUUCUUUGGUCUGAAAAUAGUUGUUGAUUACAAACCAGAUGAUAGUCAGUGUUUAAUGAUUUAUUUCAGCUUUCAGAGGGCCUGAUUGUUUAAUCUUUGACGUUUUUACUUGGCUCAACAUUGAUGUUGACUGUGCUUCAAGUAAUUGUAAUAGUUUAUAAAGCAAUGUACUUUGUUUACAUCUUUGUUUAUUACCGUGAUGUGCUGCAGUGACUUGGAUAACUGAAAGUGUGGCGGUGUCACAUUCGUCCAGACAUACUUAAGAAAGAUUCAUUUAAUCAUUUAAGAACUGACCCUUUUGGGCAACGCAAUUGUGAUUAAAGUAAAGCGGCAAGUAACAGAAGCUGAUUUGAAUGUAAUGUUGUGACUUUUUAACAGGUCAUUUGCUGUUAAGCUUGUCAAAUGUACACCCAGUUGAAACAAACAGCAUCAAUAAAUAUACUCAAGUUCUUUUUUUCCAAACUUCAUUUCAAUAGAUAGUGACUACAUUGUGAAUUCUAUUGUAUAUCUGCUGUAUUUGCUCAAUGUUACAGUUCUCUGUUCAGAAUGUUUAUUAUUUAUAUCACAGAAAUGGGAUUCAUUCAAACGUAAUGUAUUAUGUAUGGAUUUCCGUGUUGACUGCUAUGUAAGCUUUUAUGUGAUGAAUAAUUUGACAUAAAAUCACAUUUUUUUAUUGAGAUCUCAUUUUCACUUCAUUGCAAGGGUACUUAUGAAGGUAAAACAAUUUAUAUGUAUUUGUUUCUGUCAUUUCUAUUUCUAAAGACAGUUAAUUGUGCUCCAGUGACUUAUAAUUGUAGACUCAUGCCCAUAUUCUGAGUCUGAAAUAUUGUUAUUCUGAAUGUCUUAACACCCUUGGCAGUCUUUAUACAGUGUAACAUCAUAUAAGAGGUUAUGUCACCAUAUACAAAAUAGAUUAUGCGUUUUGCAAAGAUAAUCUUUUAUUUUAGGUCUAAGAAAACAUGAACUGACUACAAUCUUUAAGUUAUGAUUGCUGCUGAAU